AUGACUGCAUUAAAGGUUGUGUUUGUCCUUCUCCUGGCUGCAAAAACAGCUGAAGGCCAGUCUUUUCACCUCGGCACGUGCCCCAAACCAUCUGUCCAAGAAGAUUUCAAUGUUACAAAGUAUAUGGGCACUUGGUAUGAAAUAGAGAAGCUUCCAGCUGCAUUUGAAAGAGGAGAAUGUGUCCAGGCUACGUACAGUCGACUUCCAGAUGGGAUGGUCAAAGUUUACAAUGAAGAGCUCCUGCCUGAUGGAAAAAUAAAUUCAAUCGAGGGUGUGGCUGAAGUCAAAGACCCAUCUCAACCUGCUAUUUUGUCUGUCAGCUUCUUUAAAGGUCUUCCAGGUUCCCCAUACUGGGUCCUCUCUACAGACUAUAAGUCAUACUCUCUGGUGUACUCUUGCUCUGAUUAUCUGAGCCUUUUCCACAUCGACUUUGCCUGGAUCCUGGCCCGUACUCGUGUGCUGAGUGAAGACUUUGUGAAUCAGCUCCGUGGGAAGUUGGAGGCUGCCGGUGUAAAUAUAAAGCAGCUAACAGUCACCAACCAGACUGACUGUGGUGUCAUGAACUGA